AUGACCGCACAAACACCAACAGUCGUCGAGCAACGGGGCGGCCUCUGCGCCGACGCUGACGCUGAGACAUCCAUUACUGUCAUACAACACAUCACCAAGAACCUGGGUAGGGUAGCCCCGCGCCGCGACCCUUGGGUCUCGACUACAAUGGAACUUUCGACGCUCGUUGGCUCGACGCACACCACCUCGACGGGCUACAUCUACAAGAUUGACACGGCGGGCAUCGAGACCACGUUUGUAGACACGAUAGCCUUGUACAGGGAUGAGCUGAAGAGGAAGCACCCGUACCCGAACGAGAUGGAGGCAUCGGCCUACCUCAGAAUACCCUGGAGCAGCAUCAUGGGCUGGAGCUACAGGGGAGGGGCUUACACGCCCAACGCUGGCUACACCGGCACCUGCCAGACCACGGUGCUCAGGAAGCGAGGCCCCGGCACCGGUACCAACCUUCAGCUCGGUAGUGCCUGCAAAGCUCGCGCAUCUGGCGCCGGACGCACCCCAAACACGGCCGUCCCGGCCAAGUCGGCCGCGGGAGCUGCGCCGGUGGCGCCUGGUGCAACGGCCAACAAGCAGGGCACCGCCGCGCGCAGGCCUGCGGCGGGGACCUCCCUCAACUCUGUCCAGUCGGGCCGCGUGACCAAGGCCACUACUAACACGCACAAACCGGCGGCGAAGGCCGCGCAGGGAUCGUCCGCCGUUCCUGUCACGGCCCAGAGGGCGGCAAAGGCUGCAAAGGGGCCUACGACCACACGCUCGAAGCGUAGCGUUCGUGUCUUGGGUUAG